AGGGUAUUUCGUCAUUUGAUUUCUCUAAUUAUUAUUGUUAUUAUUAUCUUAUUCCUUAGCAUGAGGUGAAAUUGCCUCCAUGCCUAUGCGCAUCAUCAAAGAGCCGGUGCCCGCCGUGAGCUUACUGUCGUUUUCAUCUCCGAGCAACUGAACGAGGACGCUCCGCUUUGCACCAUCUUCUCCAUCACGCUCCCGAUUUCGACUCUGAAGAAUAAGAAGAAGAUCUUCUCGUUUUCAUAUGACGGAGGACAGUGGCGUUAGGGUUUCAUCCGACGAACCCAUUGCAGUUCCCAUUAUCGAUUCCUCUUCUCAAACCAAGCAAAGAAAGAAAAGAAAGUGGGACCAACCUGCGGAAUCCUUUCUUUCUACUGCUACUGCAUUUCCGGGGGUUCUUCCAUCAUACAACCAGACGCCACUUGGCGGAGUUGCUGUCACCAGUGUGGCGGCGCUGGUGCAAGUUUCUCCCAUCAACUGUGCAACCUUAACCCAGUCAAAGAUUCAAGAUGAGUUAAUAGCAAGAGAAAUAUCAAUAAAUGACGCGGAGCCUUCUGUUCGGUACAAGCUCACAAAGCGUCAGACGCAGGAGGAGAUUCAAAGACACACUGGCGCCGUGGUGAUAACUAGGGGCAAGUAUCAUCCUCCCAACACGCCUCCAGAUGGUAACAAGCCACUUUAUCUUCACAUCUCUGCAGGAGCCCAUCUGAAAGAUAUGGCUGAAAGGAUUUUAGCUGUUGAUCGAGCUGCUUCCAUGGUUGAAGAAAUGCUUAGACAGGGUCAGAGUUUGGCACCAUCGUCUUUUAGUUCUUUAAACAAAGAAUUCAAGGUUAAUCAGCCAUUAAGCACAAGUGUGUUCUUGGGCUUUGACACAGAUCCAUCUGUGAACAUUGCUGCUCGAAUACGGGGACCAAAUAUUGUCUUUUGUUUUUGGUGGUUUGUUUUUUUUGUACAGGACCAGUAUAUAAAUCACAUAAUAGCUGAAACAGGAGUAACUGUCUCUCUCCGAGGACUUGGUGCGGGAAGUACUGAAGGUGCAUGUGAAGAACCAUUGCAUUUAUUCUUGUCAAGCAACAAUUCCAAAAAUCUUGAAGAUGCCAAAAAUUUGGCUGAAGACCUGAUGGAUACAAUCGGUAAAGAAUUUGGCAUCUCAAGGGUUUCAUCAUGUAAGGUUUAUAGUGCUGUUCCACCUCCACAGCAGGUUUAUGGAGCCGUUCCACCUCCCCCACAGGUGUAUGGAGCCGUUCCUCCUUGCCCACAGGUGUAUGGAGCCGUUCCACCUUGCCCACAGGUGUAUGGAGCCGUUCCACCUCCCCCACAGGUGUAUGGAGCUGUUCCACCUCCGCCAAAGGUUUAUAGUGCUGUUCCACCUCCACUACUUUGUUCAACACCACAGUUCGCAAGAGUUGAGAGCUUGGAAAAUGAGCCGACUACAAGUUCAGCUUCAAGUCUGAUCUCAUCAGCUUCUCCUACCAUAGUCUCACCUGUUUCUUCAGUUAUACCAGGAGUUGCUCCUGUCAUCGCUCAAGGUUCAAUAUUACAAUCUGGACUGCCUCAGUCUCAAUCAACUGCCAUUAGUUAUACCAAGCCACUUAUAUCUGGCGGGACAAACUAUAAUGGAUAUAGUGGAAUAUAUCCUCAAGCAACACCUUUGCAGCAAGUUGCCCUUGCCCUUAAACAAGUAUCUUCAACUACCACGCCUGUAGCUGUCCCAAACAGGCCAGCACUGAGCGUGUCAAAUAUGAAAGUUAACUCUGAUGCAGAGAAAGAAAAACGACCUAAUCAGAGACGUAAAUUUCAAGAGCUACCAAUUUGUGUGCAGGGUUCCUCAAUAACCAAUCAGGAUUCAGAACUUUCGAACAACCCCUCAAACAAAGCCAGUGUGAAAAGUGUGUCAAAUAUGCCAGCUCCUAGGAAGCUUGUUCCGUCCAAUGGAAUGGGACCACCUCGACCUCGAUCCAUGCCACCUCCACCCACACCAGUAAAAUUUACAUCAACAGUUAAGGUCAUAAUGCAAGAUAAGGAACUUUCGUCGGACACCAUUAAACACGAUGUUAUCUCAGAUACAUUAGUGAAGCUAAUGGAAUAUGGUGAAGAAGAUGAUGAUUCGGAGGAAGGGGUUGAAUCAUUGAACAGCGUUAACACUACUGGUGCCAUAGCAAUUCGAAAACCUUUUUGGGCCGUGUAGAAGUUAAAACAUUGUUCAUUAGUGAGUGAACAUGUUCGUCAUCUCCUAUAUACUAAUUUUGUUGAAGACAUGGUGAUGCGUUUCAACCUCUCAUGGAACAUGGUUAGGCAGCGUGGGGAGUUUAUGGGGAUUUUAGAUAAAUUGUUGAUGAGGGUUUUAGUAUUGUUAGGAAAUGUUGUAAAUUAGUAGUUAUGUAGUUGCAUACUAAGAUAUUACAUUGUAAGCUUACACAUUAGUUGAGUAUAAAUCCGUUCGAAGCUUGACUGCUA